AUGGCAGACAGUCAGGGAAUCAGUGCAUUCCCCAUGCCACCGAUGAAUUAUGUCAAUAAUUAUACUGAUGAAAACAUAAAGAGAGGGAAAGCACCGUUGCCACCGCCACCAAUUCAGGAUUCAUACUCUAUGUUUGGGGCCCAGUUCACUUCAGACGAUACAAUCAUUAGACCUCUGGAAGCCUCCGGAUGCCGCAGACUGUACCCACACAACUAUGAUCAUAAACGUGAAUUGAAGAAGCUCAAUCAUUCUAUUUUGGUGAAUUUUCUGGAUCUCCUGGAUGUUUUAAUUCGGGCACCGGAGUCCCCGAAAAGGACGGAGAAGCUAGAGGACCUCAACCUGCUGUUUAUUAACAUACACCAUCUCAUCAAUGAGUUCAGGCCACACCAAGCACGAGAAACGCUCAGAGUAAUGCUAGAACUGCAGCGGACGAAGAGAACAGAAAUCGCACAGAAAUUUCAAGAACAUUAUGACAAGGUGCUGGACCUGAUUCAUUCAGCUAUUAAUGCUAUUCCGGAGGACGUGACCAUCGAUUCCACACUUCUGACAGAAAGCGAGACUCUGGGACAAGCAGAGGACAUUAAAUCUGAGGCUAUGGACAUGGAGGCUUGUGAUAGUCUAGACACAAUGAUGUGUAAAAUUGUGGAUGAAAUGACGUGA